CAACUACGACCAUUCUGGCUCGAAGAGCUUUGGAAUGCCUUUCCCUUGACAGCAUUGUCGGUUUCUGACAUUCCCAUUCUUAGAUAUACCUGGCUGCUACAUACCCCGUCGUCGUCGCGUCCUUGACGGCAUAACUUUGCUCGAUCUGCUUCCGUCCUUGGGGCACGUGAGUCUGCUUGAAAUGGCCUCGGACUUGGAAGCGGCCCUGGAGGAAAUAGAGGAGUGUUCUCAUAUUGCGGCAGCUCUCGCAGACGAGUCUAUUAUUUCGAGAUAUAAGAAAUUUGUUUCUUGGAAUGUCCACCAGUAUCAAGUUGUCCGAAGCAAUGCCAAACGCCGGAAGGUCUCAGCACCUUCCUGCGGUAUCUGCGAAACGUUACUUUCCCGGCCAUUUGUCUGUCUACAUUGUUCCUUUGCGGGUUGUUGGACACAUAUUCUAGAUCAUCUCACGGAUGCAGAGCAUUUAUUUUGUGUUGAUCCGAAUUCAGGAUCUGUGUUCUGCUCGGACUCUGAUUGUAUGGACAUGGUUUAUAAUGCCAAUCUAGAGGCAAUAUAUCUGGCAACAGUUAUUUCUGCCGAAGAGAAGGAAACCAGAUAUCAAGUAUCCAAACGAUCGCGAGAGCCUUUCGUUGCUUGGACUCCGGGUGCAGAGGAAACAACGGCGUCAGAAGGAUCAUUGCCUAUAUCUUGCCAAGCUCGCCGCGGAUUGUUGAACCUAGGACAGACAUGUUUUCUCAACGUCGUUCUGCAAUGCCUGGUGCAUAAUCCUCUUAUUAGGAAUUAUUUCCUCGGAGACAAACACAACAUCAAGCAAUGCAAAAUUGAAGACUGCAGUUGUUGUGAGAUGGACAAGCUAUUUACUGAGAUCUAUUCUGUCGAUACUACCCCGUAUGGGCCGAGCUCAUUUUUGGCAACGACUUGGAUGAAAUCUCCGGAUCUUGCCGGCUACGCUCAACACGAUGCGCAUGAGUUCUUCAUAUCCGUGCUAAACCAUAUUCAUAGCAAUUCUCGCGGAUCCACCAAUGUUUCUUGUAAUUGCAUCAUCCACUCCACCUUUGCUGGCCAGCUUCAGAGCGACGUCAAGUGCGAGCGAUGUAAUAAUGUCACGAGCACGUCCGACCCAAUGCUCGACAUUAGUUUAGAACUUAAAGAUGAGACAACGCUGCAUGGCUGUUUGAAGAGGUUUACACAAUCCGAGAAACUUGGAUCCAAAGAAUAUAACUGUGGAAAAUGCAACAAGUCUUCUCGUGAGGUCAGCAAGCGCAUGAGUAUCUCGAAGCUUCCCCCUGUGUUGAGCUUCCAGUUCAAGCGCUUCGAGCACAAGUCCUUGGACAAACCCACGGCUCGGAAACUGGAUACACCUGUCCGGUUCCCCGCUGCUAUCAACAUGGCAUCGUUCACUUCUAUUGCUUUGAAAGAUAACGAAAAGGAAAACAAUUUUGCCUCUUUCGGUCCGGAAGUCAUGUACGAAUAUGAUCUUUUCGCUGUUAUCAAUCAUGAAGGCCAGAUUAGCAAUGGUCAUUACACGAACUUUGCGAGGUUUGGGAGUGAGUGGUAUCGAUUUGAUGAUGAUAAAGUGACGCAUUCCUCGUUGAGUGCAUGUCUGGACUCUCGGGCCUACAUGUGUUUUUACGUUAAGCGACACCUCGACUAUCAGCCUCAUACGAGACCCACAUAUGUUCUCACAAGGGAGACGGAGGCCGUUAGGGAGAAGGAGCUGGAGCGAGAGAAAGAAGCUGCCAGAUUAAAGGAAGUCGACCGGGAGAUUGAUGACGCCCUAUUGGAUGUAAUAUAAUGUACGAUACGAUCUGCACAGUAAUAGGAUAAACGGUCCAGGGAUGGUGAUUUCG